UGGGGCGAGUCGGUGAACUUCAAAACGAAUUUAGACAAGACACCAUCAAUCAACUCCUUUCCCAGAGGUUUUUAAGGUUUCUUCACCGACAACAACACUCUUACUCGCUCCUCGCUCUCUCGAGAACAUGACUGCCGAACUGAAAGAUGAGAUCCUCGCCGCCAAAUUAGAAGAGCAGAAGAUCGAUCUCGAUACACCUGAAGUUGAAGACGAUAAUGAUGAGGAUGAUGAUGAUUCCGAGGAUGACGAAGGACAUGAUGGAGAGGCUGGUGGUCGGUCUAAGCAAAGCAGAAGCGAGAAAAAGAGUCGUAAAGCUAUGCUUAAGCUUGGAAUGAAACCCAUCACUGGUGUUAGCCGUGUCACCAUCAAAAAGAGCAAGAACAUCUUGUUUGUGAUAUCGAAGCCUGAUGUGUUCAAGAGUCCAGCCUCAGAUACUUAUGGGAUCUUUGGCGAGGCCAAGAUCGAUGAUUUGAGCUCCCAGCUUCAGACGCAGGCUGCUGAGCAGUUCAAGGCUCCGGACCGCAGCAACUUGGUUUCCGGUGGAGAAACAUCCAGCGGUGCAGCUGCAGCAGCAGCUGGUGGUGAUCAGGAUGAUGAAGAGGUGGACGAGGAGGGUGUGGAGCCUAAGGAUAUCGAGCUGGUGAUGACCCAAGCUGGAGUGUCUAAGCCAAGGGCUGUUAAGGCUCUCAAGGCUGCUGAUGGAGAUAUUGUCUCUGCCAUCAUGGAGCUUACCACCUAAAAUCCCAAAACCUUUUCUCUACUUAGAUGCUGGUUCUCGUGUGUUUUCUUUUGUCUUGUUUUUUAAGUUUACUUUGCAUGUUGGGUCAUUAUGAGUUUAGACUCGUUUUAAUAUUACAUAAGAUAAAUUGUUGUUA